AGAGAUAUCUUCAGUGAGAUAUUCAUACACGCUUUAUUCUGCACGAGGAACAAUUUGUAAACAAUGCCGAGAUUUCCUCCUCACCAAUUUCACGGCCCUAAUUAUGGGCCGAGACAUCCAGGCAAUGAUGGACAAUUUAUGCAGGGACCCAGAGGAUUCCCAGGACCCCAGCAAUUUCCAGAUUUUCAUCACGAAGGAGCAAGAUUUCCCGGGCCACAUGGACACGGAAUGCCACCAGAACCUUUCUUCCAGCGGGGACCACGACCACCCUAUCGGGGUGGGAUGGGAGGCAGGCAUGAUGGGUUCCCGAUGGCAGCGCACGGGCACGGGCCACCCGGGGAGGAUUUGAAGGGCAGUUCUCACCUCCAAGGUUUCACAGGCCGACAAACGGGCCAAACGAUUACAACAAUUUUAAUGCUAAUAAUAGGGACAAUAAUUCCGGUUUCAACAUGAAACGUGGUGGACGUGGUCGUGGACGAGGUGGUCGUGGACGAGGUGGACAUGGAGGUGGUGGACAUUCCUUUGAACAGCAAGGGGGAGGCGGGAAAAAGAAAAACAAGAAAGCCAAAGCGCCGAAGGAAAUCAACUACUCCCAUUACUGUGACGUAUGUGACCGAGGUUUUCAGUCAGAUGAGGAACUCAAGAGUCACAUAGCUGAACAUGUCAAGUGCGAGGAGAAAGAUUGUAGGUUUGUUGGACAUCCCAAGGUGGUCAAGCUGCACCACAAGCUGCACCACGGCCCUGGGUCAAGGAAGAUCAAAUGGCUGGACACGCCCGAUGAAAUCCAGAAAUGGAGGAAUGAGAGAAAGAGAAACUUUCCCACAGCUGAAAACAUCGCCAAGAAAGGUGUGAAGAUUGGGCAGAGAGAGGAGCAGGGCAAUGUCCUGGAGACCAAACACUUUGGGAAAAUGAAGCGAAAAACACAUCGGGGUAAGAGAGGUGGGGAAAAGGUCCGGCAUAAAAGGCUGAUGAUGGAGGCUCUGGCAAAAGAAUAUGGUGGAGGUAACGAGGGAGAUGCCGUUCCAAGUGACUCAGACCAAGUCCCGCCAAAAAGGAGAAAAACCGAUGAUGAACAACAAGGCAAAUCCUCAUCUGCAGCUGAAGGACAGGAGGCCAAAGCUUCUGACCCAACGCAAGCAACUGAAGGCAUAGCAGCAACUGGUCAACAAGGGCCAGAGAGGGAGGUAGGCUGCGACCCACUGUCUCUUCUUGCUUCACACAAUGACAAUGAAUCUGGUGAUGAAGAGGCACCCGGGACCGAAGGGGUCACCCCCAAUAUAGAAGUGGCCCCAAAAGGAACAUUUGGUGCCCUCGGCUCCCUCGCUGCAUGCUAUGACUCUGACAGUGGAGACAGCUUCGUCGCAGAAAGUGAUAAAGCUACAAAGGUACAUGACAGCGGGGCUCAAGAAGUCACUUCCCAAGAGACCCCAGAGCAGUGCCCCACCGAAGAAGGUACCAAAGAUGAAACUCCCCUUGAUACCGAAUCAAGGCUACCCGUACCAGCUAAAGAUGCGGAUGAGACUCGUUGUCAUGGCGAUGGGAGGAGUGAUGAGAGGAUGGACGUCGGCGCUGAAGGGCAGGAGAAGAACAGCCGCGGCUACAGAAAGGAUCGCAGGAAACAGAAGAGAGCCCCUAAUAAUAGGGGAAAGGGGGCAGAGAAACGGACGGAGCAGAAUAAAGCGACUUUACUGGAGAUGCUACUAGCACCUGAAAUCCGACGAGAGAGGAACAUCAUACUUCAAUGUGUGAGGCACGUCGUUAAGAAGAACUUCUUCCAAGGGUCUAAGCCCUGACCACAAAUGGCCCCUAUGGAACUGUACCGACCAGUCCAGUGUAACCAGGGCCUUCAGUCGUCAACAAGAGUCCAGUGAGUGUUUUCGUUGGAACUGUACUGACGAGUCUUGCAUCACAAUGGCCUUCAUCCAUCUACAUGUAUAAUAUUCCGGCAUCUUGAUGUGUCUCUAAGGGAACUUACCGACCAGUGCUGUGUAACCAGGGCCUCCAGAAGUCGACAAUAAUCCAGAACUUCCCAGCGUCUCUUCAAAUGAAACCGUACUGACCAGUGUUGUGAAACCAGGGCCUUCGGCUCUCCACAAGACUCCAGAACUUUGAGCAUCCCUUCAAAUGGAACCGUACUGACCAGUGCUGUAAAACCAGGGUCUCCAGUUGUCUACAAGAUUCCAGAACUCCACAGUGUCUCUUCAAAUGAAACCGUACUGACCAGUGUUGUGAAACCAGGGCCUUCAGCUCUCCACAAGACUCCAGAACUUUGAGCGUCCCUUCAAAUGGAACCGUACUGACCAGUGCUGUAAAACCAGGGUCUCCAGUUGUCUACAAGAUUCCAGAACUCCACAGUGUCUCUUCAAAUGAAACCGGUACUGACCAGUGUUGUGAAACCAGGGCCUUCAGCUCUCCACAAGACUCCAGAACUUCGAGCGUCCCUUCAAAUGAAACCGUACCGACCAGUGUGUUGCGUUACCAGGGCCUACAAGUCUCUGCAAGACUAGAGCACCUUCAAGUGUCAGAUGAAACCGUACUGACCAGUGUUGUGUAACCCGGGCCUACAGCUCUCCACAAGACUCCAGCACCUUCAAGACUCUAGCGCUUUCAAGUGUCAGAUGGAAGUGUACCGACCAGUCUCAUGGCACCUUGAGAUUGAUCUGCAAGCUUCCUCCUCUGCAGUCUACCUUGGAACGUUGCAUUUGCAUCUUAACCCGUUGACUACUGAAUUCUCUAUUUCCCAUAAGCAUAAUACAGGGACAGCUCUGUUCCAGUAGGCAAUAGUUUAACGUGAUUUAUAGCUGUUAAAGCUUAUCUGCCGUAGUUUACAGGAGGGAUUAGACUGCCCUGCAAG